AAAAGAAAACAGCUCCACGUGAAACAAACAUAAAUAAAUAUAUACAAUUGUUUUAGAAUUAGAAAUGAAACAAGGUUAUUUUGAUAGUCCAGUUAAUCAAGGUUGUAUAUCACCACUAAUCCAGGUAGGUCACUUGUGUAUUGUUUUCUUUGUUUAAUUGUAAUAAUAAUUCAAUUCCAAACUAUAUAAUAUACAAACUACAAAUUAACAGCUGACUCAAGUCUUUCUAGCAGGUUCUUCCUGUUUCGAUCCAUGCAUUGAACCGGAAGAGAAGCAAAUAUAUCUGCUGAGUUGACAGUAGUACACUGCGUAGUGAAUCUGUCCCAUUUAAACGGACAAAUAACGUCUUCAGCUACGAGCUGCCUGUCACAAUCGCGUCAGUCCGUAAGUGUUUGAACAAUGGUGUGCAUUCCCUGCAUCGUCAUUCCAGUCCUGCUCUGGAUUUACAAGAAAUUCUUGGAGCCAAUUAUCUACCCAUUCAUUUCUCCUUUCAUCAGCCGCAUAUGGCCCAACAAAUCUGUACUGGAAACUGUGGCUGCAACAGAACAUCCAAAUGGACAAAGCAAUGGAACAAGCAAGAUGGAUAGUCCAAUCCAAAAUGGCACUGCCUCAAAGGGACCCUCUGAAGUUUCUGACAAAAAGACUGACUAAUGUUACUUCAGAGAACUUUGAACUGAAGGUGGUUUAUACUCGCCAUUGAUCAUCACCCGGAGUAAUGAAUAAAUAAAUGUAAUAACUUAUUUCAUUGAAUAGAUUUCUGAUAUUUUAUAUAAAUGAGCCUAAUACCCGGUUUGUCUGCAGUAUCUAAAUGUUGUAAAGGUUUUGUUGAUAGUUUCUGAUUUUGAGAUGUGGUGUGAUAAA